AUGAUCUUUGUUCCCCCAGUAACUCCAGCUAUUGCUGAGCCUCUGCCAGGUUGGGUGGACAAUAUGAACGGGCCUACGGGAGUCCUGAUUGGCGCCGGCAAAGGGGUCAUCCGAUCCAUGAUCUGCAAUGGUGAACUUAAGUCUGAAGUCAUACCCGUGGACAUCGCCAUUAACGGUUUGAUUUUAAUACCUUACCACAACAGUCUUGCUGAGAAGAGAGCUCUCCAGAUACCUGUCUACAAUUUGACCGUGGACGAUGCCAAGAAACGCACAUGGAAGUGGAUAAUGGAUGUAGGUCGCGACUUGGGAAUUAAGUACCCCUUCGAAGUUGGACUCUGGUAUCCCGAUGGCAAUAUGACCUCCAGCAAACUCUAUCACACCAUCUGCACUGUCCUGUUUAUGUGGCUGCCAGCAUACUGUAUCGACUUUCUACUACUAAUCUUCGGACAACGUCGCUUCAUGAUUCGUGUACAAACAAAAGUCGCUGUGGGUCUGGAGGUUUUGCAGUUCUUUACAACGCGAAGCUGGGACUUCAAGUCUUCACACUUUGAGCAGAUCUACAAGGAACUGGGCGCAAUCGAUAGAAGGAUAUUUAAGAUCAAUACCAACGAUGUAGACGACCAUGAGUACAUGAAACUCAGCAUUUUGGGUGGACGUCAGUAUGUGAUGAAGGAACCUUUGACCUCGUUGCCUAAGUCCCGCAUACAGCUAAGAUUAAACUGGGAAUAA